AGGCUGCGGCCGGGCGGGCGGAGGGGCAAGGCAUGGCCGCGCGCGGUCGGCGCGCCUGGCUCAGCGUGCUGCUCGGGCUCGUCCUGGGCUUCGUGCUGGCGUCGCGGCUCGUCCUGCCCCGAGCUUCCGAGCUGAAGCGAGCGGGCCCGCGGCGCCGCGCCAGCCCCGAGGGCUGCAGGUCCGGGCAGGCGGCGGCUUCCCAGGCCGGCGGGGCGCGCGGCGAUGCGCGCGGGGCGCAGCUGUGGCCGCCCGGCUCGGACCCGGAGGGCGGCCCGCGCGACAGGAACUUUCUCUUCGUGGGAGUCAUGACCGCCCAGAAAUACCUGCAGACCCGCGCCGUGGCCGCCUACAGAACAUGGUCCAAGACAAUUCCUGGGAAAGUUCAGUUCUUCUCAAGUGAGGGUUCUGACACGUCUAUACCAAUUCCAGUAGUGCCACUACGGGGUGUGGACGACUCCUACCCGCCCCAGAAGAAGUCCUUCAUGAUGCUGAAGUACAUGCACGACCACUACUUGGACAAGUAUGAAUGGUUUAUGAGAGCAGAUGAUGACGUGUACAUCAAAGGAGACCGUCUGGAGAACUUCCUGAGGAGUUUGAAUAGCAGCGAGCCCCUCUUUCUUGGGCAGACAGGCCUGGGCACCACGGAAGAAAUGGGAAAACUGGCCCUCGAGCCUGGUGAGAACUUCUGCAUGGGGGGGCCUGGCGUGAUCAUGAGCCGGGAGGUGCUUCGGAGAAUGGUGCCACACAUUGGCGAGUGUCUCCGGGAGAUGUACACCACCCAUGAGGACGUGGAGGUGGGAAGAUGUGUCCGGAGGUUUGCAGGGGUGCAGUGCGUCUGGUCUUAUGAGUUUGUGCCACUUCAUCCUCGUGUACUCAGCUGGUGUUCCACACAGAAACCCCCUGGGGCCAGCGUGCACGGUGUAGGCUUGAGGUGGAGGCUGUUCUCCUGGCCUUGUCGGACACAGCCUGGAAGCGGGGCCCAGUCACAGCGACAGUCAUGGAUCCCAAAGGUCCCCCGCCAGCUCUGCACACCCCUGCCUCCUAAGGAUCUCUGCAGCUGCUGUGACCCACAGUUGGGAGUGCUCCAGGGAGUUCUCAUGUGUGCUCCUCCACAUGCAAGAGCCACUACCUCUCGGGCGCCGAUGCAGAAUGGCUGAUGGGAACGGCUCGUCCCCUCUGAAUGAUCUCUCUCUUCCAAAAACCUGAGCAUGGGUCCCCAUGGCCUGCCCUCGGCCUGUCCAGUAGGCAGGGUGGACACAGCACAGCAGUGCCUGGCUGCCCUGUCUCCCUCCUCUCACCGAGUCCUCCUGCAGGUGCACACUGGCGAGCUGCCCCACCGUCCUUCAGAUUGGAGGUGCCUGAGGGAAGGGGCAAGCACAGGGGGAUUGGAGGCCGUGCUAGUCAGGCUGGGUGAAGCAGCGGGGCUUGAGGAGGGCACCGCAGCCCCGUGAAGCUGAAUUAGGACCUGGGAGCCACCUAGGCCUGGGCCCCACAAUGGAGACUGGGGAGUUAGGAGAUGGCUGUGGUCCCUGUCGUCUCACCCGACGCCCAAGUGAGAUGCUUAGGAGUUAAAUGGACAGAGCCUGCAGCUGGGGCCGAUGCUGAGAAGGCCUCUCCGGAGGGGGAAUUUGCUUUCUCUUGCAACAAGGGAAGCUUGAAUUCUGCCAUAAGGAUCUCCAUUCCUCACCAAGAAGUCUGGAGUCACGCCACACACAGCUGGAUCAGCGCUGUGUUUUGGUCUGAUGUGACAGUGGUUAAACUUGUGUGACAAUGAGAAAUCAGGACGAACGACUUCCUUCAUGUCAAAGUUUCCUAACUUUUCAGGGAAGAGAAAAUAGGGCAACUGCAUCAUAUUGCGGACAGUGAACUCGGAUCUUUUAACUUCAUUCCUACACCCAAGUUGCUGAUUGAGGGAAAUGGACAGGGGCCGGCCUGACCCUUGGGUCUCAGGUACAGACAGGACAGGGCUGUCUGCCGAGAAGUGAGGCAGGAGCCGAGCAGGGAUGUUUUGGAAUCGGCAAGGGUGUCUGAACACCUUCGGCUCUGCCUGCAUCUGCUCCUCAGGCUGUCUGCAAGUAGCACCGUGUCCUGGAGCCGCAUGUUAAAAAGCUGGUUUGGUUCAGGCUUUUGAAAAAUCAAAACAAGACAAGCAUCCCCCACCUUGAGGAACAACAACUUUUUCCCAGGCUUGCAAGCGCUGUGGCCGGGUCGCCCUGGCAACGACACAUUUUGGAUCGGCCGCUUCCCCGGGCCUUUGUUUCCCGUGUGCACAACGGGGAUGGGAGAAGGUCAAGGUCACUUCCGGCUGCACAUUCUGGGAGGCAAACCCAUACCUCGGGGGCCUCUCUCCUGCCCUUUAGUCCCUGGCUGGCAUCUCAGUGGCAUCUCAGCAGGGAGAAUAAAGGCGUCUGUGUUGCAGCUUCCUGGGGACUCUUCCUUGGAAACAGUCUGAUAGACAAUGAUGGCAGCUGCUGACUGCCUAUGGCCUGGCUGCUGCCGGCCAUGUGGGCCUCUGGAACGGGGUGCCUAGUCGAGGCUCCCCAGACCCACUUCCACAGCCACAGGACCUGCCUGCAGUCUCUUUCCCUCUUCCUGGAAACUUCUGUCCCUUUGUCCACUCCCGAUGAGUCAGAGUAGCCGAUGGAGAGGAGUGCAGAGCCCAGGCCGGAAUCAAGUGGCAAAGGCAAGGUGUGUCUCCUCUCUAAGGUCACUAGGCCACAGCAGCAGUGGUUUUCGUUUGGGCCUGACAAGGAGCCGGUGCUGUAGUCACCCAUGACUCUGGAGGCCCUGUUCAUCCAUCAGGCCUGGAAACACCAGCAGGCCUGGCCAACCCACCCCAGAGCUCAGCCAGCAUGGACAGUCAGUCUUGGCCAGCAGCACCUUCCUCAGGCCUGAGAAGAAGAGGCCAGGUCUGCCUGGCACAAGCUGCAAACUUUGGUUCCCUGUACCCCAGGUGGAGGGGGCUGCCCCGCCAGAGGCAGCUCCCACGUCCCCUGAGCCUGAGUCAUUACCUGCUAAAGAGGGGACAGCUCUUCAAAAGACCUGUGGCCUCCCGGGUCCCAGGAGCAUCCGUGAAAGUGAAAAGGGCAGAAGGUUUCUUGGCACAGUUUUCUGAAUCUCUCCCUGGGCCAUCUGUUCCAGUUACUGCUGUUUUCUAACAAAGCACCCCAAAACUUAGCAGCAUACCACAGCCAUCUUCCCAUACUCCUGGUUCUGCAGGUCUGGAAGUUGGACAGAGCACAGGAGGGCUGACUUGCUUCCAUCCUGUAAAGUCUGAGGCCUCCACUGCAAAAACUCCACCGCUGAGAGGGACCCAACAGCUGGAACCAUCUGAAGACGUCAUCUCUCAUGUUUCCCCCCCAUGAUGCUGGCUGUUGGGGGGACCUCAGCCCAGGCCGUUGGCCACAACAGCUUCUGCAUGUGGCUUGGGCUUCCUCAGAGCAUGGCGGCCUCAUCACAGUCAGACUUCUUGACUACAGGCUCAGGGCUCCAGAGACAGAUCUCAAGUCCAGCUCCAUCCUGGCUCCCCUGCUUGGCUGCCCGUGUGCUCCCGGCCAGCCCCCUCCUCCCUUCCUGUGAGUGAGUCUCUCUUCAGGCCGCGGUGAGUUUUAAAGAACCUUCACAGGUCACAGGAAGAGGCCUGUGUCUUCGCUCUGGGAUGAGUCUUCUGAGCCCUAACAGAACUGUCUCAGGUCACCCUGCCUGCCAACAGCGUGAAGGACCCCAAUCCUGACAGAGACCAGACCUGGGAUCUGGAAGGUGUAUCCUGAGUGCAUUCUGCCACUGCUCCUUAGCCACCUUCCCUGAUGCUCUCUGGGACGCAGGCAUCGCAUGCAGUUCACAUCGGAAGAUUCCACACUGCAACCCAGAAACCAAAAGGAGCCCAUUAUGAUCUGGCUCUGGGGGACCCUGGG